AUGAACCGCCUGACGCCCUUUUUGCGCCCCGCGGUCCUGCGCCGCAGCAGCCCCCGGGCCCGCCGCCGCUACGCGGUAGACACCAAGCUGCCCUCGCAGCAGCAGCCGAGCUUCUACAAGACCUUUAGCCGGCCCAUCUUCAAGGUGGCGCUGAUGGCCAUCUUCACGUACCAGCUGGCGUACUACGGCUGGACCAGGCUGGAGUCGGACGAGAUCAGGGCGGAUGCUGCUGCUACGAUUUCGGACCUGGAAAAGCGGAUCGAAGGGCUCGAGCAGGCAAAGGGGAAGAAAUGA